AGGGUUUCGAUAGUUUCUUUCCAAUCGAGUUUUCUUCUUUAAUCUCUGGGACGAAAUUUCCCUUAGGGUUUCGAAGAUCCGAAUCUGUGGACGGAGGCAAUUCGACGUUUUCUUGAGCUGCAAAGAUGUUCUGGCGAAUGGCGGGAUUGUCAACGGCGUCUGCCGUUGAAGCAAUUUUGGAUAAAGAUAGUUUCACAUUAGAGGACCUUCUUGACGAGGAUGAAAUUAUUCAAGAAUGCAAAGCCUUGAACGGACGACUCUUAAAUUUCUUGAGAGAAAGAGUGCAAGUGGAACAACUUAUUAGGUACAUAAUAGAGGAGCCUCUCGAGGAUGUGGAAAAGAAGCGAACAUUCAAGUUUCCUUUCAUUGCCUGUGAAAUUUUCACAUGUGAGAUUGAAAUGAUACUGAAAACACUAGUAGAGGAUGAGGAGUUGAUGCUAUUGCUGUUUUCGUUCUUAGAAGCUAAAGAAACCCAUAACUCAUUGCUUGCCGGGUACUUCAGCAAGGUUGUCAUUUGUCUGCUGGUGCGGAAGACGAUCCCUUUCAUGCAAUUUAUAAAAGAUCAUCAAGAAAUACUGAAGCAGCUUGUUGAUUUGAUUGGUAUUACAUCUAUAAUGGAGGUUUUAAAACGUCUGGUUGGUACUGAUGAGCACCUAUAUUCAAACUACACAAGUGCAAUGCAGUGGGUAGAGGAUACAGAUGUGUUAGAGAUGAUUGUGGACAAGUUUGGCUCCUCAGAUUCUCCCGAGGUACAUGCCAAUGCAGCUGAAAUUCUUUGUACUGUAGCAAGAUACGCACCCCCUGGUCUUGCUACAAAACUUUCCAGCCCCAGUUGUACUGGAAGGUUGUUAAAACAUACUUUAGAAGAUUCACGGCCUAAGUCUGUUCUGGUUAAUUCAUUAUCUGUAUGCAUAUCUCUGCUGGAUCCUAAGAGGUUUACAUUGGGGACUUAUCAUAUAUAUGGCCGUCAAUUAACCCAUGGAAGCAUGGUAACUAAUCCUGAGACAGUGGAGGGAAUGCUUGGAAGCCUAGGUGAUUUACUUAUGCUUUUGAAUGUUUCAUCUGCUGAGGGUGUUUUGUUGACAACGUAUGGCAAGUUGCAACCACCUCUUGGGAAACACAGAUUAAAGAUUGUAGAGUUUAUUUCAGUCUUACUCACUGUCGGAAGUGAAGCAGCAGAGAAGGAAGUAAUUCGGCUUGGAGCGUUGAAAAGAGUGUUGGACUUGUUCUUCGAGUAUCCCUACAACAAUUUUUUGCAUCACCAUGUGGAGAAUGUAAUUCUCUCAUGUUUGGAGAGCAAAAACUCUCAACUUGUUGACCAUCUUCUCAGUGAGUGCAAUCUUAUUGGGAGUAUACUAGAGGCGGAAAAAGACUCCACAUUAACUACUAGUGAUUCUGAUAAGCUUCAGCCGACAGUCCCUGCAGAGGGUAGCAAGCCACUCAGGAUUGGAAACAUUGGUCAUAUGACUCGUAUCUCGAACAAACUUCUUCAGCUAGCUAAUAGCAAUGUCGAAAUUCAGUCACGUUUGCAGGAAAAUAGCAAAUGGGUGGACUGGCAGACAGAUGUAUUGUCAAAGCGUAAUACAUUGGAAAAUGUCUACUCUUGGGCCUGCGGGAGGCCAACUUCACUCCAUGAUCGUAGUAGAGAUAGUGAUGAUGAUGAUUACCACGAUAGAGAUUAUGAUGUGGCAGCCCUAGCAAACAACUUGAGCCAGGCCUUUCGGUAUGGAAUUUACAGCAAUGAUGACAUGGAUGAGGCCCAAGGCUCUAUGGAACGUGAUGAUGAGGAUGUCUACUUUGAUGAUGAAUCUGCAGAAGUCGUCAUAUCUUCCUUGCGCCUUGGAGAUGAUCAGGAGAGCGAUUCUCUGUUCACAAAUUCAAACUGGUUUGCAUUCGAUGAUGAUAAAGCUGCAAAUGAGCGCUCAAUGAGCUCAGCUGCUUCCCCUUCACCCAAUGCUGAUGGAGAUGGUGACGAUGAUGAUGUCGUCAUAGGCGAAGCCGAUGAAUUCAACGACACUGCAGCUUCUUCCCCACCUGAUGAUAUGGAAACAGAAGAUUCUACAUCAAAGCAUCCUUCUGAAAAUCCGAGUGAACCAGAACCUGAAAAAUCACCUGCUUGGGUAGAGUGGAGAGAGACCUCUGAGUCCACUGCGCCUUCUUCCAACCCAGAUGAAACUACCAUAUUGUCCAAUGGUGAUGUUCAAAUUGAGAAGGAGGAUAAUGAUGAUGAUGAUACCGAUAACAAAAGUGCAGUGAAAACACCAGGUGUAUCUGGCGAUGAAACCACAGAGAAGUUACCAGACGAGAGUGGUGUUGAACCCACUGAGAGCUCAUCAAAAGCGAGUGGCAUUGAACCCUCUGAGAUCUCACCCAAAGCUAGUGGCAUUGAACCCAAGGAGAGCUCACCUAAAGCGAGUGGAGCUGAAGUAACUGAGAACUUGAGAGAUUCCGAUCCUGCUGAAUCGCAUGCAGAUGCUAAAAGCUCUGAACCUGAAAGCCCCCAUGGGACAAAAGAAACAGAGGUUGCAGCAGAAGCAGAUACCAAAGAGACCGAAGAAGCUGUGAAGGAACCAGAGAAGUCUUGCAUACUAAAAGUCGAUCUAAAGUGUUGCACCGGUUGCCAAAAAAAAGCAAGCAUGAAAUUGCAGAGAAUCUCUGGUGUCGAAGAAGUGGAGUAUAACAGCGAAAAACGGCUCAUGACAGUCACAGGUGACGUAGAACCGAUGGCUCUGGUUCGUAAACUUACUAAAUAUCGCAUAAAAACAGAGCUUUUCUCAGUCAAGUACCAGCUUGAUGAUGAUGAUCUAAACAGUGAUGAUGAAGACGGCACUUCUUCUGACUCUACUAGUUCAUAUAAUGAUCCUAAACCCAUGGAACGUGAAUUCCAAGAGAAGAUGAUGCAGCAGAAGAAGAAGACUGGGCUACUAAAAAAGCCCCCUUUUUUAGGAGGGUGUUGCAGCAGUAAAUCAAAUGUUGUUCAGCCUUUACCGAUGCGAAACCGAAACUGGCAUGUCCCAUCAAAGUUUGAGAAUGGUCCUCCUGGCUUCGGCAUUCGUUUUGGCAAUGCUUCAACAUCAUCGCAGUUGUGGCCUCCGCAUCCAAUGAUGGGCUAUCCACCAACGAUGCAACCAAUGAUGCAGCAACAACCACCCCCUAUGAUGAUGCAGCAACAACCACCACCAAUGAUGCAGCAACAAGCACAAGUUCCAAUGACAGGAGUUUCAAUGCCACCUAAUGUUAACAUGUUCCAGCCAGCACCCCAGCCUUAUUUUAUGUCAAAGCUCAAGAUGAACCCUAAGUUGCAUUACACAGAGGAGAAGAAGAAGUGACUCGAACCGCUGUGAUUUUAUUUCCCACCUAGGCUACUUGUUUUUUUGAUUAUGUCUCUGAUACAUAUACUAAGCAAAAUAAUUGUUUUGAAGUGUUGUCUCUUUUGCCAAUUGCCGGUAAUGAACAUUUUUAAAACAA